CAAAGAAGAAGAAGAACCCAAAGUUAUUACCGGAAGUGAGGUUUUUUUCUGUCUCACGCUGUUAAGGAAACCUACAGACACAUUAGCAAUUUCCUCCUUGACUCUAAAGGUAACAAGAGAUGAAAAAACAAGAUACCGAAGAGUCCACCACUCAGGCUGCUGAGAAUGCUCCACCCACAGCUGCAGCAGCAGGGACAGAGUCACCUGCAGCUGCAAAGGACAGCUUGGAAAGCAACAGCCCCAAAGAGUCUGAACCACAGACACCACAGACGGAUACACCGCCACAGGGCGAGGAGGGGGCAGGGGGAGAGGCUCCGUUGUCUCAGUGUGACAUGGCAGAGGAGCUGAGCCGGCAGCUGGAGGACAUCCUUAGCACCUACUGUCGGGAAAGCAUUUCAGACGACGCCAGCGCCUUAGCUAACGGCCAGUCACACAGCCCAGAGCUCAAUGGCCUGACCAAUGAGAGGGAAGAUGACAAGCCAGAGGAAAGCAAAGUCAAUGGUGGUGACAGCGGUGUGGGAAAGCAGCAGAAGAAAACUCAGGAGAAGAAAAAAGUGAAGGGUCUAGGGAAGGAGAUCACACUUCUCAUGCAGACUCUAAACACACUGAGCACCCCCGAGGAGAAGCUCGCAGGCCUCUGUAAGAAGUAUGCUGAACUGUUGGAAGAGCACCGAAACACCCAGAAGCAGAUGAGGGCGCUGCAGAAGAAGCAGAACCAGCUGGUCCAGGAGAAAGACAACCUGAGGAACGAACACAGCAAGGCCAUCCUUGCUCGCAGCAAGCUGGAGAGUCUUUGCAGGGAGCUGCAGAGACACAACCGGACACUCAAGGAGGAAGGAAUGCAAAGAACCCGGCUGGAGGAGGAGAAAAGGAAGGAGGUGACUUCUCAUUUCCAGGUAACGCUGAACGACAUCCAGGCUCAGAUGCAGCAGCACGACGAGAGGAACGCCAGCCUCCGACAGGAGAACGCAGAACUCGCCGAGAAGCUGAAGAAACUGUAUGAACAGUACAAACUCCGCGAAGAACACAUAGAGAAGGUGGUGAAGCACAAAGACCUGCAGCAGCAGCUGGUGGAUGCAAAACUGCACCAGGCCCAGGAGCUGCUCAAGGAGUCUGAGGACCGCCACGAAAGAGAGAAAGACUUUCUGUUAAAAGAAGCAGUAGAAUCUCAGAGGAUGUGUGAGCUCAUGAAGCAGCAGGAAGUUCACCUCAAGCAGCAGUUAUCACUGUACACGGAGAAGUUUGAAGAGUUUCAGACCACCUUGUCCAAGAGCAAUGAGGUCUUCACCACUUUCAAGCAGGAGAUGGAGAAGAUGACUAAAAAGAUCAAAAAGCUCGAGAAGGAGACGGCCAUGUAUCGCUCCAGGUGGGAGAGCAGCAACAAGGCCUUGCUGGAGAUGGCGGAGGAGAAAGCCGUUCGGGAUCGCGAGUUUGAGGCACUUCAGGGAAAAGUCCAGCGGCUGGAGAAGCUCCGGCGGGCGCUCAAAGUCGAACGGAAUGAGCUGAACAAGAAGGUCCAGAGCCUCAGCGGCGGCACAGAGGGAGCCCCCACCUCCAACCCAGGGACUGACUCCCCCUCUCCACCACCUACAGACUCUCUGCUGGAGCCUGGCACCUGCCCUGCCCCUGACACCACCACCGCCUCCACCUCUUCUUGCUCCCACUCCUGCCACUGUGAGCCACAGCUGGACACAGACACCCUGCUGGAAGAGGCAAACACUCAGCCUGUCCAGGCACAGGAAUGAAGCAGCACUGCUCACACGUUCUUCAAACCACCCACAGAUAAGCCACCAGCCUGCAAGCCACUACUCCUCUGCUGGAUGGAGCCCGUGUUAAACACUGGGACGGAAGCAAACUGCAAAGUCACACCUUUAUGCACGAGGCCAGAAUACCAGAUCAACGUUUGACAGAAGGGUUUAGUUGUAAUCUCCCAGAAUCUUCUGCAAAAGUCUGCUGGUGUAAUUACAUGCACACUAUCACACAGUUACUGUGAAUGUAUAAUGCAAUGUUCUGCAAUAAUUUGGUUUUCAUGGUUUUUAUUAGCAUCUAUCCAGCGUGAUCAUCUACAGGAAGCAACUAAUCAGCCACGCAAGUUAAUACUAUUACAAUACUUUCAGAAAUCACUAUAGUCAAAGGAUAGUGAUCAUAUUUACAAGUUAUUAUCUACAUAUUAAUGUCAACAUGUGUAAAAAUGAUCAAUGAACAGAAACCCAGGAUGACAUAAAGGACCACCAUAACAACAUAAAACCAUGCCGUGUAGUCAUAUUAACACAUCUAAAUUUGUAUAUACAAAUUAUCAAAGCUUUUUUAGCAAAUUAAAAGUAUAUAUAAAGCUCGUAUGAAUAAAUUUACAUUAACUACAUCACUUUGUUCAUUCUAUUUCCUAAGAUCCAGAGCCAGUUUUUAUAAUUCUGACUCUUCAUUUCUAACUCUCGAGUUUGUUCCCCUUAUUUUGAAGUUUGCCAUAUUCUUCCUUUCUGUUUCUGAACUCACACAUGUACUCCUGUACUCGGUACUCAGUAAGUUUAUUUCCUGCUUUAAAUCACACCAUGAGAGUUCCAGAAACAUCUCUAUCCAUAUUUAACAUAUUGAUUAUAAUAGCAUCUUUGAAAUAACCUUCAGAGCCUUAAUAUUGCCCUUAGACUGUAUGCAAACAGUGGCCACCCUUUGGUUUCUAAGUCACAUUUAAAAGCCUCAAAUAUAGUGUUUUGGCCGUGACUGUGUUGGAUUUUCAAAGUCAGAAGUGACCUUUCAUCUUUGUACAAGAAGGUGGAAAUAUUAAAUUAACAGCUAAUAUUAAUUAGCUUGGUUAGCAAGAUGCAUUCAUAAAUUGUAGGGGUGCGAAGCAAAGGCACACAUGCCUGCAACAGAUUAAAAUAGUAGAAUUUCAAACUAGAUUACAAACUAAUUUCAUUUAAUAAAAUCCUCCAGAAGGUCCCAGCAGCACAGACAUGGUGGAGCUGUCCAGCUCAGUGACUUGAAUUAGCUGACCUAGCAAACGGCGAUUAACUACAGCUCCCUGUGUCGGUCAGAGCAGGCGUUGAUUCACAUGGAUAACAGGUUGUCAUGGUGGUGUUAUGAAGGGAUUUGUUGUCCCGGGCUGGAAACGUGUUUAUUCAAGUUUAAGGAGGAAUUGCAGUUUCUGGCACUUUGUGUGUUCACAUUUUUCAGGCCCAGAGGUUUUUGUCGCAUCAUCUUCAGAUCUCAUCAUGUUUUUUUUGACAGUUAAUAAAUAGUAUUUUAUUAGCUGAAAACCCCCAAAUAUAUGUCCGUAUUAACCUCAUUACUAGUGUGCAUGUAAUUCCACCGACCGCCUCUGUUUUGUGCUGUUUUGCUACACCUCCGGUCCAGUCGGCCCGGCAACAACAGCAACACUGCUGUGUGCGAUGAAGCCAACCUGCUUUUUGGUGUCAAGAGUCAGAGGCUGAAUGGUGUGUGUGUCCAGUUAGUCUGCUUCAGUUUGCACGCUGAUUGUCAGUGUUUAUCCUAAAACCCACUUUAUGUGUUUCUUUCAAGUGAAGUCUUAACAGCAGCAUCAGGCACAAUAUUUUUAGCAGGUUCCAGUCAUAAAAGAAGAAAAUCAAUCAUUUUCUUGAAUUUUUCGGUCCUGAAAUUUGAGUCCCACUUAUUAAAGCGUCAUACUGAUCUUUAAAAUGGCAAUUUUAUGGCAGUUAAGCAUGUUAUCUUUGAAAAUUAAGGCAGCACAUCACUGAUGUGACAUCAGAUUAAUAUCAGCCACUGAUCGACGAAUCAUUUUACUUGUCAAUAUUCCGAUAUCGUUGCAUUCCUGAACUUUUGGUCCGUCUGCAUUGUUGGAAGAUGAAUCUCUGUCAUUGAAAUGUGGAAAUCUGGCAGAGCACGCUGUACUCGCCAUUAGUUUAGAGCAUUUCUAAAGAGUUUUAGUUUUAUGUCUUCAGUUGCUUUUUGCUAAUUUUGUUCGGGUUUGUCACUCUGCAGUAAUGACCUCUUUAAACUCCAUGGUUGUCUGGUGUGUGUAUGGUGAGUGUGUGUGAUAGAAGUACUUUGUAAUCCAGUUUUUCCAGUUGAAUGUUCAAAGACCUCUAUGCAACGCUCGUGUCUUGGUUUUAUUCUAUGGCAGUCUGAUCUGACAAGCACUCAGCUGAGAAUGUAUUUGCAUUAUAUCCACUGUCCUGCAUGGAUGUGCUGUACCACACAUGACAUCUCACAGAGGAACACACACACACAUAUAUAUUUGUUUUUCCUUUUGGCCCACACUUGAGCUACACCGGAUUGUUUCGACGUUGAGCGUGAUGUUGUGAAUCUCUUGAAAGAUGCACCGACUGAGCCGAUGUGAAUACAGAUGGAAAAGUUAGACCACCUCUUAAUGGACCAUUGAACACGUGUCUUCUGACAUUCUUGUGUACUACGUAAUAUGUAGCACUGGGAACAGAGUGACGACUCAUUUUCAUCUGAUAUCGCAAUGACAAACCUAAUCUCUUCCAUUGUCCCGUAGGACAGAUUCAUUCCUGUCCCACAGUGGACUGGGAGGUUCAUUAACCAUGAGAAGGAACCAAAGAUGUUUCUGUUUUUGUUGGGUUUUUUGGUCUUUUGCAGUACUUUUCUCUGGCUCUGUAUAUUUUGUUUCUUGUUAAAUAAAAGAACUGACUUAGCUUUGA